AUAUAAAAUGCAUCAAAGAUUCUUCUAGCUUUAUACGCGACGCCCCGACCCCGAUAUAUUCCCGAGUUCUUCGCGAACUGUCUCAUUUUCCCUUCUUUGUUUCUCCUUCAUUCUUUUUCUUUUUUCUUUUUUAUUUUAUUUUAAUUUUUGAUUCUUCUUCAGAUCCCAUAUUCUUUCUUCAUCGAUAUCCCCACUCUCUCUCUUGCUUCCACAAAACGCCAUUCUCUUCUUCACAAUCGAUUAUUCCUCUUCUUACAUAAACCAUUUUUGCCUUCACAAUGCAGCGUUUUAAAAUGGGUUUCUCUGAUUACAUCCAAGCAUUAGAACAAGAACGUCGUAAGAUUCAAGUCUUUCCUAAAGAACUUCCUCUUUCUUUAGAACUCGUUACACAAGCUAUUGAAGCUUGUAGACAACAAUUGUCUGGAACAACAACUGAGUAUAAUUUGAAUGGACAAUCUGAGUGUUCUGAACAGACAACAUCAACAGAUGGACCUGUUUUGGAAGAGUUUAUUCCAAUUAAGAAAAGGGCUUCUUCUUAUUCUCAAGAAGUGUUUGAUGAUGUGGAAGAUUAUGAUCAACAUUUUCAUCAUAAGCAACAAAAACUUUCUUUGGAUAAUAAGAAAAAAUCCGAUUGGCUUAGAUCUGUUCAGUUAUGGAAUUCAGAUCCUUCAUCUGAAGAGGAUGUUACUAAGAAAGCAGUGCCUGUGUUGGAAUUGAAGAGAAAUGGAUGUGGGGGUGGUGCUUUUCAUCCAUUCCAUAAAGAAGAUAGAGUUAACAACACGACAAGUGAAUUGUUGAGUAAAGGACAACCUUCUUCGACCGGUGUAGCUGCCGUGAGUUCUAAUGCGGCUACUGUCACCAGUAACAAUGUUGAAAACAGAAAAAGAGAUGAGAAAGAGGAAAAGAGAAAACAGCGACGGUGCUGGUCGCAGGAGUUGCACAAGCGAUUCCUGAAGGCGCUUCAGCAGCUUGGUGGUGCAGAUUGUGCCACACCAAAGCAAAUCAGAGAGGUAAUGAAUGUUGAUGGCCUCACAAAUGAUGAAGUCAAAAGCCAUUUACAGAAAUACCGGUUGCAUACUAGAAGACCAAGUUCAACAAAUAACGAAAGUGCCAAUUCACAAACAGCAGCACCUUUUGUCCUUGUAGGAAACAUUUUUGUCCAACAACAAGAGUAUGGUGGGGUAGCUUCAUCAACAACAACAGGGGAAAUGACAAAAGUUGUGGCACCUUCUGGAAUCUAUGCACCAGUAGCCACACAUCCUCAAGUUGCUACAAUUAAAAAACCAGAGUUUAAGAAGUUUGAGCAUUCAAUCUCAGAAGAAAGGGGUAAUAACAGUGAAGGUGCUGUUCAUUCAAAUUCACCUACAUCUUCAUCCUCUACACAUACUACUACAAAUGCUUCCACUGGCUAUUGAGUUUUAAUUUUUUAAUAAACAUGUAAAAGUUCUGUUACUAAAUUGCUGUAGAAAGUUCUUUGAUAUAUGACCUUUUUGUUGUAUAAUGUUAUUUCCUCAUUUAUGUUGUAUGUGAUUUAAAUUAUAGAGUUAAAAUACUCGGCAAGUGACAGUUUUGAUGUUGAAUAAGUCACACGUUUUUUAGAUGGAUACUACCAUGUUAUCUCCUUAGAACAUGUUGAAAUGAAAUUUCAAUUUUAUAA